UUGUACUACCUACACAAUAAAUGCAAAAUGCACAGAGACAUCAAGGGAGCCAACAUCCUCCUGACAGACAAUGGCUAUGUUAAACUAGCUGACUUUGGUGUAUCGGCCCAGAUCACAGCAACUCUAGCCAAGAGGAAGUCAUUCAUCGGAACUCCGUACUGGAUGGCUCCAGAGGUAGCAGCAGUGGAGAGGAAAGGAGGUUACAACCAGCUGUGUGAUAUCUGGGCUGUGGGCAUUACUGCAAUAGAGCUGGCUGAGCUACAGCCGCCCAUGUUUGACCUGCACCCCAUGAG